CUAAUGACCAAAUGCAGUUUGAACAAUUGCUAUUAAGAAUGAUUGUUUCUAAUGCUCUGCCUUUUAUGUUUGUUGAAAAUGAAGAUACUAUUGCUGUAUUUGAAUUUUUGGUACCAGGACUCAAAUUACCAAAGUGCAAAAUCAUUGAUGACAAAGUGUUAAUGAAAAGUGCACAAUCAUUGCAAGAUAAUAUAAUCAAAGUUACUAAAAAUGAUAUGAAUAGAGUAACUGCAACAUUUGAUAGUUGGACUAAUGUAAAACAAGAACAUAUUUGGGGUGUAGUUUUUAUAACUACAAAUGAAACUAUAGAAUAUGAAUCAACUAUCACUAAUUUCGAUUAUCAAGUGAGUGAUGGCAAUGAAGAUAAUUUUAGAGAGGGAACAAGUGCCAGAUCUUAUGAUCAAAUAAAUCAAAACUCUGAAGAAAAUGAAGAUUUAGUUACAGAAGAAGAACAAAGGUGGGAAAAUCUAAUUCAAGAGUGGAUAGAGUUUGGAAAUUGUGAAAACCAAUUUGAAAAUCAGGAAGAUGAAAUUUUAUUGUCAAGUGAUUAG